GCCGCAAACUUUAUCACACUCUUUUAUUUUUAAUUUAAUCGAAUUCAAUAAGUAAAUAAUUGAUAACCAAUGACAACAAAUUCGUGCAUGUCUGGAGAUUGACGUAAAUUUGUGAUUGGCAGAGAUUUUAAAGGAAAAAUGUUUUAUUGAAAGACUGUGCAAGUGAAAAAAGGCGGAUGUUUUCUCCCAUAGUUUUUUUAGAGUGUACGUUUAAUGUUCGCUUCUAGAAAUCGUAUGAAAUAAAUGUUUGACGUUUUGUAUACGUGUUGGACACACAAAAUAUUUGAUUUGCUAAUUUGCAAACAUUUUCUCUUGAAUAUUACCGAAAAAUCUAUUGCAAAUUGCUGUUAUGUGCUAUCGAAUCAGUGAAUGUCUCAAAUUAAUAUAAACUAUCCGUGUUAAAUUAUUCGAAAGUUCGGUCUGGAUUUCUCGUCUUUUCAUCGUAUGUGUACAUGAAUAACUGUUUCACUAAAUAUGUGCCUGAUUUAUCAACGCCUAAAAUAAGUUGCAUCAAACAAACCCCAAAAGAAAACUAUGGCCGGUAAUUCUUCCGCAAACACAGUAUCGGUAACAUCAACAACUAAUACUGCAAUAGCCGUUGUUGCACCAACGGCCAGACCCACACAACAUUCAAUCAAUUCAACAAUGGUAGCAAAAAGUCAACUACAAUCAACGCAACAGCAACAGCAACAGGCACCACCACCACCGCCGCCUCAACAACCGCCGCCACAACCGCAACCACAAACAAAUACGGUGUUUGUGUCGACGGGUCGUGCAUUUCCGCAUCAUCAUAUACAUUCGAUUGGGCCGGCACAAGUGCCGCCUGGUGCCGGACAAUGGCCAAUGGUUGAACCAGUAUUCCAUUUCGGUCCCGGCUUCGAAAAACAAAACUAUUGUCCGACCCAUUCGCAAGGACCACAGCCACCCGAGCAUGUUGUAUUUUUUCAUGUUAGUCCUGGCGUUUCCGUUACAUUCCAAAUUGCUGGCAAUCGUGAGAUCAUUAGAGGUCCAGCUACAGUUCCAAUGGUUUCACAGGGUGGAUCGCCACCAGUUGCAAUGCCUGUCCAAGUACCGCCUGGCCAUGUUAUGCAACAAAUUGUCGAUGAGCACAGGACACUUCGUCACGUAAUAUUAUCAACAAAUCAUCAGAUGCAUGCACAGAGUACAGUGCAAGAUAUGCCACAUUUACAGGGACACUAUAUUGCUACGAACAAUCCAACACAACAUUACUACAGUCCAUUAACACCUGGACCUGGUGUCGGACCACCACACUAUCAUGCAAUGCCAACAAAUCACUUGCAUCAACAACCAAUGCCACAUAAUCUUCACUCGCCAACCCAACCGAUCAAUAACUAUCACAAAGAUGAAAGAACACAACGUCAGCACACAAAAUUGCUGCGAAAAUUAGAUCAAAAGCAUGGUAACAACUACAAUUCGUCGUCAUCAUCGACAGUAUCAAAUGCACCGAAAACUGAACAAACAAACGGUGUACAAAAGAAACCGAAAAAUGGAGUCUACGAAGAACCCGAAGAUGCGUCCAGUCUUCCGGACGAAGAAGAAGACGUACAAUCCAUAAUCGAUCAACUAUCGUCGGUGCAAAUGCCGGUUAUAUCCGAAAUCACAUCACGGACAGCAUUGCUACAAUGGUCAGAACCGACGACCAGCGCACCGGACAAAGGUGUGACAAUCAAUUCGAGAGAUUUACGCUACGAGGUGUUGCUCAGCGACAGAGGAAAGGAGGACAAAUACAAAAUCAUAUUCAAAGGUCACUCGUUGUCGUGUCGUGUACGCGAUUUACGUCCUGGCCAGGAAUAUUCGGUGUGUUUGCAGGUAUAUUUGGAAGAAGUUCACGGUUCCGCUUCGGAAGCAGCAACAUUUGUAACGCCUGCAUGUGAACCUGAUCAGCCACUACCACCAAAGCUGAUUGCUCGUACAAAGAAUUCGCUUCAAUUACGAUGGAAUGCACCAGCUGACAAUGGAGCUCAUAUUCAGCAUUACGUUUUAGAGUGUGACGAAGGAAAGGGAAACGAAUUUAUUGAAAUCACGAAAAUGAAGGGGAAGCAAUACUCUCUAUCGAAGUUGAUGGCAUCGACUUGGUAUAGUUUUCGACUAGCGGCUGUUAAUGAAUGUGGAAAAUCGGUGUAUUCGAAUAUCGUAACGUAUUCAACGUCCGGCAAUCCACCAUUACAAUUAUCACCUCCUAUAUUGCAAAGUUCAACAUCCAGUUCGUUGCGAUUGGGUUGGGGUCGACGUACAUUGGACGAGGAAUUCGUUUUACAAAUAUCGGACUGCGAAAGCGGUCAUGGUUUCCUUACGUGUUACACCGGCAAGGAAACGUCGUACGAAUGCACAAAUUUAAACCGAGCAGCAGAUUUUCAAUUCCGUAUCCGUGCCGAAAACGAGGGAGGUGCAUCGAUUUGGAGCGAAUUAGUAACAUUUCAGACGCAACCAGAACAACCUGGCCGUCCACAAAAGCCUCAAAUCAAAGGAAAAGUACAUUCCACUAACUUCAGAGCCAGAUGGGAGCCUCCAACUGACAAAGGUGGUGCUGAGAUAAGACUUUACUAUUUAGAAAUUAGUACUGGUACGGACUUCGAAACCAUUUACACAGGAAAAGAAACGGAAGCGGUGUGCGAUCGUCUACAACCUGGUACGACACAUCUAGUUAGAGUUGCCUGUGAAGGACCUGGAGGUUUAAGUAUGUAUUCGGAACCAAUUUCGGUUACGACUGAUGCAGUCGUACCGGGAACACCAUCGCCACCAUAUUGUGGAAGUACUCCAGGCCCAUUUGCGGCCGUUCUUCGUUGGGAACUACCAGAAUAUAAUGGAGGCGCUGCAAUUAUUGAAUAUGAACUAGAAAUUGAAUCAGCGGACGAUGGUUUGAAAUGGACUGUGUACAAGGGAAAGGAGAUGUACAGCAUUGCCAAGGACUUACUGCCGGGAAAAUUGUAUUUUGCUCAAGUUAGAGCCUAUAAUCGUAUUGGUGCUGGCGCUUGGUCUGAACAAUUGCAGUUUACUGCUGGAGCAGCUCCGCCGUCAUCACCAGAAAUGCCGCAAAUAACCAUUCGAUCUGGCACCCAUUUGACCGUUACAUGGAAUGAACCAUACGCGAACGGAGCACCAAUUCAAGAAUACCAACUGGCAUGUGCUGCAGAUGAUCAAAAUGGCAAUUUUAACAUUUGCUACCAGGGCAUCACAUGCUCGGCCGAAAUAAAAAACUUAAUUCCAUUCACCAAGUAUUACUUCAAAGUUUGUGCAAUAAAUACAGCAGGAACAAGUCCAUACUCAUCAGUUACAUUCGCUCAAACCCCAGCAGCCGUUCCAAAUGCACCAAAAAUCGAAUCGCACAAAGUGACGUCAACGAACGUUACGCUGUUCUGGAAAGAACCUGAAAAUAAUGGUGCUCCCAUCACCCAUUAUUGCAUUGAAUUCGGCGACCGUUUAGUUGAAACGGAAAAUGAGGAGCUGGAGUAUACGAUUGAGAAUCUGUCACCGGAGACGACGUACAAAAUCAAAAUCAAAGCUGUAAACGAAAUUGGCGGCGGACCGUUUUCGCAUGCAUUGCGAGCAACAACUAAUCCAUUGCCACCGGUGCCACCAGUCUUAGAAUGUGUGAACAUUGGACACAAUUCGUUGAAAUUGAAAUGGGGCGAUGGAAAGAACAUCAACCUGACGAAAUAUCGCUUGCAAAUGUACAACAGCCGUGCCAAGGAGUAUCAAGUCAUUUACAGCAAUAUUUUCAACACUUUCAAAGUGGUGAAACUACAAGAGCAAACCACGUACAUGUUCCGGAUAUGUGCCGAAACAGAUCAUGCUGGACUGGGAAACUAUUCAGAUGAUUAUAUAUUCCGGACAAGUGCAACUAUUCCUAGUAGCGUGAAGCCACCACGAAUAACUGAAGCUAAUCAAAAAUUGUCCAUUGAAUGGCAACAUAGCAAAAAUACAUUCUCCGAUGUAGUUGAAUACGUUCUGCAAAUGUCCACGCGGGAACAGGAUUUCGUUCAGGUGUAUCGAGGCAAAGAGACCCAGUUUACUUUGGACAAUGCCGACGCCGAUGUAACCUACACAUUUCGCGUUCAUCCCGUUCGAGUCACUCAAAGUGGCGAUCUGGCCGGACCACAAUCCCCAACAUCUAAGCAUAAAAUGGAAUCAAUCGUUGACAAUACUCGAUUGGCCACAUCGAAUUCGCCGCGAGACGCUGAUGUCGUCGAUGCGUCAGUAUCAAAGGGAACUGUCGGUAAAUAUAUUUUCAAAUUAUCGUCGAUCUAUUCGAAUCGGAAAAAACUAUCAGACAAUGAGAAAGCAAUGUUUUAUGUUGUGGUCUUUAUGGUAUUAACAAUCGUAUUUGCAUCAAUCGUUAGAUUGUUUAUUAGUUAAAAAGAUAAUCCAGUUGCCGUUUUUUUCACAUUUUUUUUUCUUUAAAUACCCAAUGCAGUUCCUUCUUUUAAAAGAAAAAAAAAACAAAAUGUAAUCGAAAAUAUUAUAAAUAUAUAAAAGAGAACUUGAAAUGCAAGCAAAGCGAAUAGGGAUGAACAUAUCGGAUCAACAACUGGUAUAGGGAAUUGUGUUGAUUUUUCCGUUGUGUCUUUGUAACAUUUUAGAUUAUUUCUUCGUUUAGAUCAAAAUCGACUUAAGAAGAUCGUUGAAUGAUUGAAACUAAAAGAGAAUAAUUUUUGAAGACAUAAAAUUGAUGAAAUAAUUUUUAUAGAGUCAACGCAAUUCAAUGUUUAAUUUUUAAACGUGCUUGUCACUUGAUAGAGUUUACAUUAACAACAAAAGAAAAAGGCUGAUUUGUGAAAGUUAAAUUUAAAAUUAAUAUUUUUUUCGUGAAUUUGUCUUCUUCUAUUUUUUUCUCACCCAUACAAAUAUUUCGAAUAAAAUUCUAUUGUAAUCGUUAUCCAAAAUCUUUGUCAAAAUUAUCUUCCGGAAUUGUGACUGUACCAUUGAUAAAUCCCUUAUCCAUAUCCAUGACACUCGUUCAUUUCAAUGUAAUGGUUCAAUGACCUUUGUUAUUUUAUUGUUGCUAAUCUAGGAUUGUGCGUUGGAUUUCUGCUUUGGAAAUCUACUGAUCCAAGUAAUUUUUUGGAAUGGUUUUACGGCCUAAAUUGAAUUCUUCGAGAAAAUUGUUUUUAAAGAAGAGAAAUUCAUAUUUUGAAUGGUAGGUUUUGUAUGCUGUUUGGUUUCCUUUACACAACUCGAUGACUUUGUAGCAUAAAAUCUGUCAGCAGCUAAAAACCUAAUUGUCCCAGUCCUGGCUGUCCUAACUAAUAAGUGGUAAAAGUAAACCUUUUACAAACAACAAGUAUAUGGAGAUACAAUCAUUAAAUCUUGUACUUCUUUUGUUUGAAGUAUUUCCUAGUGACUGACACACUCAGAUUAAACUGAGGAUAUUUUUGUCGUUACUAACGUUAGCAGAUGAUGAGCCGCUUGUACAUUCAAAUAUGUUCGUGACACUAGCAACGUAACGUGAUUACUCAGCUUCUGUUAGAUUGGAAUUUCAGCCAAUAAAACAGGUCAAACCACAGAUUAUACCAAGAAUAUCGUUUUGAGAUCAAAACUACUUGUUUUUACAAACUAUUUUUUAGCAAGAAUGAAUGAUUUAAUAGCUGAUCUUGAAGUAGUCAUGAAAUUUGACACAACUCCGCAGAGCUCUCUAUAACUCGAUAAACAGAAUACAAAACCGAUAGAUUGAAACCGACUAAAAAACAUUGCUUCAACUAUUCUUACCAGUCCGCUAGUAUUCUUUGAGAAUUUCGAAAAUUAAUUCUGAUAAUUGAAUUGAUUGCUGUUUGUUUAUGUUUAGUUUAACCUUUCAUAAACGACAAGCGUAAGCGUAUCGUCGCAUUACCAAAAUCGCAAUUAAAUUAAAUCCGUUACUUCGAUUGUUUAACGUAUUGUCAAAUGUUCGAUGGGAAGUCUCUUACUUCUCUAGUUGUACAACACGUUUUGCUAUAUAAGAGAAUGACAGAGCCCAUUUAUUAUUUCUGUCAUCGGCAUUGAUAACAAAUGACAGAUCGUUUAGGUGACAUGUCAUCAGCAUAAUCCAAUGAUCUAAUGAUUGUGAUAAAAAUGGUAGAAAUGAUGAUGAAUAAUCCAAUGCGUACGAAUACAAAACCGACUGAAAAGAAAACCAACAGAAGCGAUAUCAUCGCCCACCUUAAAUCCAGAUUAAAAUCGUGUCUGCUUCAAUUUAAAAUGAAACUUCAUAAAACGUAGACUAAUUGUCUCGACGCGUAACGAGCAAAAGUGACUCUCUGAAUAAUUUACUGCUUGCCUACACUAAUUUAACACAAAACAAAUUUUUAACGAAUUGAUGCAUCGAUUUUUGUGUUGUCACUUAACAUUAUUUCCGAUUGGUAUAGUGCAUUGUUUAUCUGCAUAAAAGAUGUUGCUUAGAUGAAAAA